AUGAGUCUUAGUAACCUCCUCUACCCAAGAAAUCCACAGAGACGCCAGAAUGUGACUGAUCUGCAUCAGGAACUGCUUGAUUGCAUUCAGCUUAAUUUUAAAGCUACCAAUGAACUGAUUGGAACACUGAAUGAGCAUCUGGGAGCCAAGAUUACUUACAUUAAUAUGAAAGAGGGUGGCACCAUCAAAGAGAACUGUGACAUUAUCAUUCAAGCUAUAAAUGAUAUUCAGCAAGAAGUAUGGCAGUUAGAUAAACAAAUAAAGGAAAGGUUAGAGCCAGUAAUGUACCAAAAGCUUUAUGAUAUCAAACAGCCUGAGUUGGAGAAAAUUGCAAUAGCUCACAGAAUUGUUUCUAUUAUACUUGGAGAGGCUACUGCUUCUGCAGGUUCAGUAGCUGUAAAAUUAAUAUGUUCAAAUGUGCUAACAGUUACAAUGAACAAGUUAGCUGCUCUGCUUGCUCAAAUUGGAGUAUCUGUUCUUGGAGGCAUUGCCAUUAGCAUUCUUGGGUUGGGUAUUGAUGUAAUCCUUCAUGCCAUCCUGGGAGCAGUGGAAAAGGAUCGCCUUACAGCAUCUAUUCAAAGCUAUGAGGAGCAUCUAGCUGAAUUUAAGGAAGCCUCUGAGGCCUAUCAGUGUGCCAUCACUGAAGUAAGUGCAUUGGUAAAAGGCAAAAUGAAAUUAAUGGCAUUUGGAAAUGUUCCUACCCAUCAGUGACUACACCAAAUGCAUUUCAACAUGGAUGAUAGAACUUUGCUUUUCUUUUUAAUUUGGUUGCCUCAUUUCAAGUAACAUGUAGUAUGGGACACAAUGAAGGUUGUUGCAAGGGGAGUAAGUAUUAGGGAAGCUGGCAGUCUUAGAAGACAAAGAGUUAAACAUGCAAACAAUCUGGAAGGCAAAAUAAAAAGUUUUGAAGAGGAAAUAUAUAAAUGAUAGAGAUAUCCUCAUUUUGGUGGAAAUACAAGCUAAAAGGCAAGAGUUAAAAAUAACAAAGUAGAAAGAAUACAGAGAAAUUUAAUAUAUUUGAAAAGAGAAUUUUUUUGAAUUUAGUAAUAAGAACUAAAGCUUGCUGGCCAGAGACAUGCAACAAAAAAGAAUAAAAAAUCUAAUAGGAAUAGUUAGAGAUGAAAAUGCAAUCUAACAAAAGAAAACAUAGGGAUAUUUCACAAGAUUUUAUUCAAAGUUACAUGCAGCUAGGAAAUUAUUGAUGGAUAAAAUCAGAACAUAUAUUGAAGAAAAUGUUGGGAAUAAAUUGCAGCAGAUAGAUAGGGACCUAAUGGAACAGCCUGCUACAGGAGAUUGAAGAUAUUAUUAAUAAUUUAAAAAUAGGAAAAACUCUCAAAAUGGAUGGAUUAGGAACAGAGUUUUAUAAAGUAUUCCAA